GGGCCCAGACUUGCUGACCAUCCACCUGAUAUGUACGAGCCGCCCCGAGGCUCGUAUCCGCGCGACCAUGUCACCUGGUGUCCACCAGAUUUCCCUCAUCACACGUGAUGCAGAUGUUGUACAAGACAUUCGUUUCUUUCCGCGAGCAUCAUAUGGACAAGUCGUUCCACCGUUUUCCGGCGACCCUAAAAUCUUCGCCAUCAGAGGCUGAAUUCGAGACCCUUUCCUUUAAGGCAGGCGGUCUUUUUGUCUAUGCUGCUAUGGCCAUCAAUUUUCUAUCACCUGUCGGUCAAUAUUCUCAGCAGAGACUAGAUCUCUUACUUCGUGAGGAGUCAAAUGUCAGUGCUGACAUUGACCAGAUUUAUCGACAGAUUAUUGCAAUUUCGCAGAAUCCAGCAUUGCACUGCCGGUUGUUGGGGUCCACCAUCCGUCUUGUUCAACCGCUCCCUCUUAGAGACCUCGAAAAACUCUUCCAUGCAGACAAAGAGAACUUAGCUGUGAUGCCGGAAGCAUUUUCACCCGUGACCCUGAUUCCACAGGAUGGAGUCGGAAACGCCGAGAUUUAUCAUACUUUGUGGGGGCUAUCGUGCAGCAGUUUCGGUGAGAGCGUGAGAGAGAAUUUGACUGGAUGCAGAUAGCUAUUUGGGCGGAACCCCGAGAGGGGCACCCGGCCCCGAUAGCGGCCCAAACCUGUGCAAGAGUGAGCCGAGGUGAGCUGCGAGGGCAGGUGGGCAAACUCGCAGCCCCAGACU